AUGGCAAUGCGCAUCGUCCCCUCCUCCAACCACACAACCACCCACACACACCUCCAAACUGCCUCCCUCGGCGCCCCCUCCGCCCCCGGCCUCCACGACACCCUCCGCCACGGCGUAGGUCCCACACAAACCUCCUCCCUAAACAGCCAACCAGACUCUUCUCACCCCCUGGAAACCCGUCUCAAAAACUGGGAAGCAACACAAGAAUCCCUCAAGAUGGCUGGUCUACGUCGAACCUUCGGUAUGAGCGAACCUAUCCGUAGAGGAAUGGAAUUGAAGAUUACGCGGGAAGGUGAAUGGAGACCGCUUGCUUUGGGGGGUGGGGGACCAGGUGUUCAUGAGGAGAUUUUGAGGGGGAGUGAUGCGACGAUUUCGUGGGAGGAUGUUUUUAGGGGGGAUGAGAUGAGGAGUUUACCUGGGUUUCAUGAGGAGGUUGAGAGGAAGGUUAAGAUGGGUUUUUAG